AUGGCGAGAACUGUGGUCGUCUUGUUUGUGACUACGUGUGCUAGCCUUGUUCUGAGCAGUGCCUCUCAAUAUCCGAGGUCAAGGUUCAAGGCAGCCGUGUACGAGCACAAGGUCAUUUUGCCAGAACCUAGCUAUAUACCAGUGUCCCGCCAGAAGGCGCUGUCGCUCAUGUACCAGAACCUGGCCGUGUACAAAACCCAGACCGAGGCUGCAGGCAGGCAGAAUGUAGACAUUUUGGUUUUUCCGGAAGAUGGCAUUUAUGGAAUGAUGUUCAAGAUAAGAAGACAGGUGGCGCCGUAUUUAGAGUACAUCCCAGAUCCUAAACAGGAAAGCUGGAACCCUUGCACGGAGCCUGGGAGGCAUGCUAACACAGAGGUACAGCAGUAUCUGAGUUGUCUUGCGAGGAAUAACACCCUCUACCUUGUAGUAAACAUGGGAGACAAGCAGCCCUGUUCCAUCAAGACUGACCCAGGAUGCCCAUAUGACGGACAAUAUCAAUUUAACACCAAUGUCGUUUAUGGUCCCACGGGAACUUUGAUCGCUAAAUAUCAUAAAGAGAACCUUUUCUACGAGACCCAGUUCAACAAACCAAAGAACGUUAAUUACGUACAUUUCGAAACCCCUUUUGGUAGAUUUGGGGUUUUCACGUGCUUCGAUAUAAUGUUUCGCGAACCACCAAUCACAUUAAUAGAGAGAUACGGUAUAGGAAAUGUUGUUUUCCCCACGGCAUGGAUAGAUGCUCUGCCGUUAUUGACGUCCAUCCAAUUCCAUUCUUCCUUUGCCGUAAAAAUGGGAGUGAAUCUUUUGGCAGCAAAUAUACACUUACCCUACACGUUUCAUCAUGGCAGUGGUAUUUAUACACCUGAUACCAACGCAGUCUAUUAUUACAACUGGUCUGUAUCGAGUGGCGGAAAGCUGUUGAUUUCUGAAAUUGAUGUUGUCAGCCAGGCCCCGCGUCGUUUCGCCAUCUCGCGCGAGGACAAAACACCACACCGUAUGUCCAGUGGAACUGAGUUCCCAUCUGUACUUUUCCAUGACGUAUUUAAUUUCGUGCUCCUUAAGGGGACACGAGGAUCACUAUCAGUGUGCAACAAUAAACUGUGUUGCUAUCUAGAUUUUGAGAAAGAUGGAAGUGGCAUCAACAACGACGUGUAUGCUUUCGGCGCUUUGGACAAGCUCCAUACCUACAGCGGACAUUACUACCUUCAGAUAUGCACCUUGAUACGAUGUGCAAAUUCUAUGAAACAAAGUUGUGGGUCUCCAGUUUCUUUUACCAAAACAAGAUUCCGUUACCUACGUAUUAACGGAACCUUCGGCACUCCGUACGUAUUCCCAGCGGUGCUGCUUACAGACGGUGGACAACUGAAGCUGGCGCCAAAACAGUGGACGUUUAAUGACCUGGUUCUUGAAUCUACUCGGCGAUUUGAUUUCCCACUUCUCUCUGCCGACUUGAUUGGUCGAAUGUAUGACCGAGACGGAGAUGUAAACCCAUUUUGGGUUGGACGCUAAAUACAGACAAUUUUCAUUAUUGUGGGUCACUGAGGGGUCAAUAUUUCGAAGGUUGUUAUUGGGUGUUUGUUUGGGUUUUUUAUUAUUGUUGUGGUUGUUUUGUUGGCUUUUUUCUUCCUUUUUUAAUUUUAUUUUAUUUUUUUUAAUUUAUUUUUUAUUUUGUUGUUUUUAUUUUUAUUUUUAUUUUAUUUUUAUUUUAAUUUUUUUGAGGGGGUGGGUGUGUGGAAUGUUUUUUGUUUUCCAACUUUGAUACGAUUUCAUUUUCAGUACAGAACACCUCUACGCAAAAUAUGUUUGUUUUAUUUUUUUAGUUAAACCAGUACAGCCAAUACCAAAAGAAUCAUUUGUUUAAUCAGCUUUUAUUUCUGGCAUGAAGGUUUGCUUUGCUUAAAAACACCAUUAGAAAUAUAUAAUCUUAGAGAGGAAACCCACUACAUUUUUCCAGUAGUAGCAAGGGGUCUUUUAUAUGCACCAUCCCACAGGCAGGAUAGCACACACCACGGUCUUUGGUAUGGCUGGAACGAGAAAUAGCCCAAUAAGUCCACCGACGGGGAUCGAUCCUAGACUGACCGCGCAUCAGAUGUGCUCAUUACCACUGGGCUACGCCAGGCCCCUUCUGGCAUGAAUGUACCACUAUGGGUAUGUACAAUUGUUUCUGAAGAAAGGUUUGUUUUCCUCAUUACCAUAGUUUGACAGCCAAUAGCCGAUGUAUUUUUCGUGCUGGGGUGUCGUUAAACAUUCAUUCAUUCAUUCAUUCAUUCUGAAGAAAAGGGGUGGCAGAACGUGGUCCAGUGAUAAAGCGCUCGCCUGAUGCACGAUCGGUCUAGGAUCGAUCUCCGUCAGUG